UCCUGAGUCCCGCCAGGUCCCGGAUUCCACGCGGAGUCUUGCAGCUAGCUCUGUGGCAGACAGGAGGUCACCGAAUUCUGCAUUCCGGUCGUCAGCCCAAUUCCUAGCAGAGCAGUGCGAGACCGCGGAGGCGAGCUGGGCCCACCAUGGCCGCGAACUAUUCCAGUAUCGGCAGUAGGAAAGAACAUGUCAAAGUGACAUCUGACCCCCAGCCAGGCUUCCUGGAGCGGCUGAGUGAGACUUCCGGUGGGAUGUUCGUGGGGCUCAUGACCUUCUUACUCUCGUUCUACUUAAUUUUCACCAAUGAGGGCCGCGCACUGAAGACAGCCACCUCUCUCGCAGAGGGGCUGUCACUUGUGGUGUCCCCAGACAGCAUCCACAGUGUAGCUCCGGAGAAUGAAGGGAGGCUGGUGCACAUCAUCGGGGCCCUGCGGACUUCCAAGCUCUUGUCUGACCCAAACUAUGGGGUCCAUCUUCCAGCUGUGAAACUGCGGCGGCAUGUGGAGAUGUAUCAGUGGGUGGAGACAGAAGAGUCCAGUGAGUACACGGAGGAUGGACAGGUGAAGAAGGAGACCAAGUACUCCUACAACACAGAGUGGAGGUCAGAAAUUGUCAACAGCAAAAACUUUGACAGAGAGAUUGGCCACAAAAACCCCAGUGCCAUGGCAGUGGAGUCUUUCACAGCAACGGCCCCCUUUGUCCAAAUUGGCAGGUUUUUCCUCUCAGCAGGCCUCAUUGACAAGAUUGACAACUUCAAGCCCCUGAGCCUGUCCAAGCUAGAAGACCCCCACGUGGACAUCAUUCGCCGAGGAGACUUUUUCUACCACAGUGAAAACCCUAAGUAUCCGGAGGUUGGUGAUGUUCGAGUCUCCUUUUCUUACGCGGGACUGAGCAGUGAUGACCCUGACCUGGGCCCAGCUCAUGUGGUUACCGUGAUUGCCCGGCAGCGGGGUGACCAGCUGAUCCCAUACUCCACCAAGUCUGGGGACACAUUGCUGCUCCUGCACCAUGGAGACUUCUCAGCUGAGGAGGUAUUUCGUAGAGAACAGAAGAGCAAUUCCAUGAAGACGUGGGGCCUGCGGGCGGCUGGAUGGAUGGCCAUGUUUAUGGGCCUCAACCUCAUGACACGGAUCCUCUACACCCUGGUGGACUGGUUUCCUGUCUUCCGAGACCUGGUCAACAUUGGCCUGAAAGCCUUUGCCUUCUGUGUAGCCACCUCACUGACCCUGUUGACUGUGGCUGCUGGCUGGCUCUUCUACCGACCGCUGUGGGCUGCUCUAAUUGGCUGCCUGGCUCUGGUGCCCAUGAUCAUUGCACGGACCCGGGUGCCAGCCAAAAAGCUGGAAUGAAGCCUCAGAGGCCAGGUCCCCUGUCGCCUCUGCCCAGCUCCAGCUGAGACAGGCACCUGCACACCCCACUCUUCAAGGGGCCAGUGUCUACACCUGCAUGUAGAGCUUGGUAUUCACCAGCUCACAUCUCCACCCCACUUCUUGCCAAAAUGCAGCUUCGGUGGCCAGAAUGCAGCUCUGAUGGGCAGAAGCAGCCUGAGGAUGGCGACCCAGCGAGUACUGUCCUGCUUAAUGCCUUCCCCUCUCAGGGCUUUAUUCCACUUAGCUAUCAGCUGACCUGCUGGUGAAGGACUCAGCCUUCUCACUGCUCAUCCCUCAUCACUGAAACCAAGUACCAGGACUGCCACAACCUCUGGCUACAACUGAAACCCCAGAAAGCAGCCAUCAUCUACUACUUCUGGCCACAUCUCAUCAGUAGGACACACCGUACCCAGACCUGGAGAAGAAGGUGUACCCCAAACCAGGUUUCUGGGUGGAACCUGAUGUGGCCUAAAGAAACACUGAAGCUCUUAUCCCAAAGGUCACUGUUACUGUGGCUGACAGCGUUUUGGUUCUGUUACUCCACUUCUCUUGUUCUUUCUAUCCCAAGAAGGAGUUGAGACUUCAAAGCCCCAUGAGUGGCUCCCACUGGACAGUUGUGUCACUGAGAUUAACUCAGCAGGAAUGCUGUUUCAGUGGGUGUGGCUUGACCCUGUUAGUUCCCGAGGCCUUGGGGAGGCUGUAGCUUUGCGAUGCUUUUGAACAUGCAGUGUUAUCGGAUUCUUUCAUGCUGGGUUGGGACUGUGGAGCAUCCCCUUUAUCCUCUGCCAUCACAGACCACCUGUUCACUUGAAGGUGAUUUUGAGUUUGUAGUCAGUGUUACAGGAAAGGGCUGGAAGCUUCCUACUAAGAGGGCUCAUUCAUUGUGACCUCCACUCAACUGAAGCCAAGAACCAGAGAAGCAAGGCUUGCUGGAGGAGACCCACAUCUGGUCUGGCCCAGACUUUUUCCCUGGGAAAAAGCCCUUGGCACUUCAGCCUCAAGUAGUUGCAGCACAGUAGUUCUUUCUGCAUUUAAUGCCCAUCACUCUCCUGUCACCCACUAAUGGACAUGGUUUCUAAGUUUCCUCUCGACCAUUACACCCUUGAAGGGAUGCUUAGCCCCAGUGUCACAGAUCCUUGGUUUAUCCUGUACUCAAUUCUAUUUGCAAAUUGCCCUAGUGGUUGCUGUAGCAACAACAGUGAAUUUGGUAGGUAAGAUUUCAGAACCCCUGACCCCAGUGAUCUUUAACAGUCCCUUUCACAUCCUGUGGUAUCUGGGCUUUCAGCUGGGGUUCUUGGUAAAAGUGCAGCCAGAGAUGGCUUGCUGGGUUUAGGAUGGAAACAAUAGUCACUACUGCUCUGCAUGCUGGUACAAUCUCUUCUAAACGCCAAAAGAUGGUUUGGGAAAACAUGGUACAAUUAGUGAUAGCUACAUACGCAAUCCUCGGGAUUCAGUCUGCCUAACUUUUUUAUACGAGUUUUACCUGCCAGCUUAAAAGUGUUCUCAAGAAAAAAUUACGGAAAAAUAAUUUGAUGUCUUUGAGAAACUGAGGUUUGUAUUCUUUGUAUUAAAAUUCAAAAUAAAUUUCUAUUAUCUUUUGGUAUAGGA